CAAUCUCUUCUUCAAUAACUCAACAGUCACAUUCUACUCCCGCACCCACAUAACGCUUUCACACAUACCUGCUCCCCAACAUGAGUCAAUACACCACAAUUUCCGACGGCGUAGUGGUGACCGACAAUGGGAUCCCGCCGCCGGUCAACUGGGUCAACUAUUACGAGGACAUGGGAGGGGAUAUGCUUUGGGCCCAAGGUGGUCAGAUGGAGGAUGAGGUACGCGGCCGUGGCAUUGACGGAGAUAUCAGGCCUCACUACGGAAUGGCACCCUACACGGGAGAAGCACUCUACCUCUUCGAGGUCGGUAGUGGCAAGUUCUUUUUCUUCAACGCCAUUGAUGGGUCGAUGCUGCAAGUCAACGAUCAGAGUGACCUGAAGAGCAUUGUGGAUAUCCUUGACGAUGAGAACAAGGGCUUACCUGCCCUUGACAUUGAGGAAGUCUAGCUCCGCGAUUGAGGAGUGCAUGUAGACAAAAUUCCAACAUUAAGAGAAUAGACCGAUCAGUCAAUUGCCAUGAUUGUGAUUCAAGAAGUAGGGGGGAAUCGCUCAAACAAUCAGGCUUCUACUCCCUUGUCUUCAGACGCUUCCGC